AUGUUUUUGACUCGCUCAGAAUAUGAUCGUGGUGUAAACACUUUCUCGCCGGAAGGACGUCUCUUCCAGGUCGAGUAUGCCAUCGAGGCUAUCAAGCUCGGCUCAACGACAGUCGGCGUCCGCACACCCGAAGGGGUCGUGCUCGGCGUCGAGAAGCGCGUGCAGUCACCCCUCCUCGAGUCCUCCUCCAUCGAGAAGAUCAUGGAGAUCGACAACCACCUCGGCUGCGCCAUGUCCGGCCUCACCGCCGACGCGCGCACGAUGAUCGACCACGCCCGGGUCACCGCCCAGAACCACGCGUUCACCUACGACGAGCGCAUCAAGGUCGAGAGCGUCACCCAGGCCGUGUGCGACCUCGCGCUCCGCUUCGGCGAGAGCGUGCACGACGAGGACGCGAUGAUGAGUCGGCCGUUCGGCGUCGCGCUCCUCAUCGCGGCAUUGACGAGAUCGGGCCGCAAUGUGAAUCCCUCGGGCACGUUCGUGCGGUAUGACGCGAAGGCGAUCGGGUCGGGGUCGGAGGCGGCGCAGAGUGAGCUGCAGGACAAGUGGCACAAGGUGAUGGAGGAGAAGCUCGACCACCACAAUGUACAAUGGCUCAGGUGCGUCACUCGCACGGAUGGUUUCGAGAUCCUCAACGAAGUGAGGCUAAAGGAGAUCAUCGAUGUCAUGUAG